AUGGAGGAGACGGCCGCAAGCGAGGGCCGACAGCUUCGGCAGUCGACCUUAUCGCACCAGCCUGGCCGAUAUGAAGAGUCACAGGCGUAUGGAGUCCAGGUUCCAGCUUGGGUCCAUCCGAGUCCCGUCUUUGACCAUAGCCUCCCCCGGCAGUGUUCCUUUCCAAGCGUCCCCCUAGACCAACCUGGCCGCGCUGACGCCUAUGUUGCGGCAAGAGAAAGAGGAGAAAUUGGCAGGGAGAUGCAUGACUUCAGCAUAGACGACAGUGAUGGAGAAGGCCGGCAGGCACCCACGACUGACGAGGACGAGAACGACGACAACACCAUUGAGGCCAACAUUUCUAUGACGCACGAUCGUGUUGAGAGAGAUCCCAAACCAGGCGAAAGCUUCAAGGAUUACCUUCUGUCCGUAACAAACGGCCUGGACUGGGGCAGCCCCGAGCCUGAGGCCGUCAGGGAGCCCAUCAAGUGGUGCCAGGUUACCCCUAGCGGGCAAUGGAUUAUUCUCUUGAUUCUUUGCCAGUACGAAGCCUUUGCACCCGCCACACGAAUUCUCAAGAUGACAACCCCAGACAUCAUCAACUUCGUUAUUCUCUACAUCCAUCAUCAUCGAGAGACCAAGAAAUGGGCUAAGAAGGGCUGGAGAGACCUGGCAGAAUACUGA